GGUUUCCCGUCCCGCGAGCGCCCACAUGGGCCGCGGGCUUGGGGAAGGGGGCGGGGGAUAGGGAGGGCAGGUCCCGAGCCGAGUGGGUGGAGGAGGGGGAGCCCGAAGGAAAUGAGACAACCUUUUCCUCCCUCUGACUCGGGCUCCUGCAGCGUCUCCGGGGAGCGGCGCGGCCGCCCGUGAGCACCGAGGCCGGGACCCCACAGCCCCAACUAAGUUCCCACCCCGGCGGCCCGGUUUCCCUUGAAGCGCGGUGCUAGUGCAAGUCCCGAGCAGGACUUUUUUGGUCGCGUCGACCUCUCCGCGGGCGAUCAAGCUGUGAGUCCCGCGGCUCGGCCCCCAGCUCUCGGAGCGCAGCCCCCGGAAGUGCAUGAAGAACCUGAGAAGCCAGCUGGGGCAAGCCAAGCUUUAGAACCUCUACUGGAUGAAACCAGCAUCUUCAGGAAUGAACUCUUCCUGCCAGAUACUGCUCUGCUCCUGACAGCACACUUCUCUACAGAAGAGAAGACGGGGAGAGAGCCGCACUGAUUCAGCCUAAGCACCUCAGAGAGGCUUCCUCUGGAUGCCCCAAUGAAGCUGCCCUUCACCCCCAGCGUGGAGCCGGCCACCUCGGAGCACAUGGAGAUGGCUCUGCUCAGCAAUAUCCUGGCUACCUACUCGUUUGUCUCAGAAAACCCUGAGCGAGCCGCACUAUACUUCGUCUCUGGCGUGUGCAUCGGGCUGGUCGUGACGCUGGCUGCCCUGGUGAUGCGACUCUCCUGCCACACAGACUGCCGGCCGCGCCGCCAGAGGAAGUUCCUGCAGGACCGAGAGAGCAGCUGUGACAGCAGCGACAGCGAGGACGGCAGCGAGGACACAGCGUCCGACCUCUCGGUGCGCAGACACCGCCGCUUCGAGAGGACGUUGAACAAGAACGUGUUCACCUCGGCCGAGGAGCUGGAGCGGGCGCAGCGGCUGGAGGAGCGCGAGCGCAUCAUCCGCGAGAUCUGGAUGAAUGGGCAGCCGGAGGCGCCCGGCGCCCGCAGCCUGAACCGCUACUACUAGGGUGCGGCAAGGCCCAAGAAACCGGUGCGCACCCACCUGUUUCCUAGUCUGGAGGACAGAUUUUUCUUAAGAACUCAGUCUCCCACGAAGGAGAAUAAAGCAAAUUGUAGGGACCUCAACCAUUCCAGGUGUUGGAAUGGUGCUGAAUGGUCCAACCUUGUGGAUGGAGGAGAUUCGGGCUCUGGGUCUCUGAGGUUCUCAGAGGUUUCUGCAAACUUUAUCACUGCCUGUUACCUCCUUUACAAAAGGAAAGGCAGCUGUGAUGCAAAAGCUGGGAGGAGCAGGGCGAACAUUACUCCGGAAAAGCAGUUUUGCUAAGCAUCUUCUCGCUGUGUAGGGCGAUUCUGACUCAGCGGGCUCUGUGCUUCUUAUUUAAGGCUGGUGUUGUAAAUCCCACGUUGCAAUGGCAACUUCUCCGUUUUAAACUGGCACCUCAGGGAUUAAAAUCCUAUUUUUUUUUUAGUAUAUUUCCCACCUCAUUCGUGAAAAUGAAUAGAGUUAUUGUAUUGUGGGAGAUGUGUCAGUGAACUAGGAAUAAUGUUGGUAACCUCAAAGGAUGAAGGGUUUUUAUUUUAUAUAGUUUAUAAAAAUAUAUAUUGACAUGCAUGUUUAAACUGCUGCAUAAAAAUUAAACAUGUCUUGUCUCUCUCCCCACCUCAACUUUGAAGAAAUGGCUUCAUGCUUCAGAUGAUCAUGAUUAUAAAUACUUAAAAAAAAAAAAACAACUUUAGGUUUCCAAGAAAAGAAUGAAAAUGGGAGAUAAGGAUUAAAAAACCAAAAUUAGGAUGAAAUAAAAGCAAAUUCAUGAAC